AAAACCGCUUUUUGUUUAGCACUCCCUCGACCUGUGCACCCUUCUGCUGGAGGACCUGAACUUGACGAGAAUUACAACAUAAUCGUACCGCCCGAGAUGAUACCACACAAACACAGCAGUUCUAUUUCAGAAGAUGCUGGCCCUGCUUUGGAGGCGACACCAGUCUCGUCGCCCUGCUUGCAUCCAGAAUCACCAUCCAUUGCAGUGGGUUUGCAGACUAAUGCCACGGAAGAGCAACCUUCUGGAGAUGAGGCUUCUGAUACAUCUUCUGAGUUCGAUGAUGAUGAGCCAUGGCCUCCGAAGUCACCAUCUCCGCCUUGACUGAGACAGGCCAACCUGAAUUGUCGAUCGUCGUUCCAUUGCAACGGGUGUAUACCGGUUGUGUGCCUGUGAUAUCAUCCCACCUUGCUGACACUCCCUGUGCUACCGUCGGCAUUCAGGGCCUCUUGGAUCAACUCAACACGACACUCGGAACCUCACACAGCCUCGACACUCCAUCACUCUCCUCCCUUCUUGAAGAGUGCAUCGCAAACAACUGGGACUUUGGCAUGGCAUAUAGCCGCCUCCGUCGGAUAUGGUACGCCCGAGACUGGAGCACUAUACGAGACAUAUUGCACAAAUGGGAAGAAGAAGACCAGGAGAUGCGACGGAAAGUACUUGUCGGUAACUGGAUCGUCAGACCAUCGUUGCCGCCUCGACGUGUGUGGGAUCUGUACAGCAAUCGAGUGGUUCCAUGGUGGUUUACAAACAUCCGAGUCGGUGCUGACAGCAAGGACCGGUCCUGGAAUAGGAGGCUUAUGCCGAUAUCGCAUGCAUGGGUGAGUGAGAGAGAUCGUGUUAAUGCGCAGACACCCAUCAACGGAUAUGAAUGGCCUGUUCCUAUCCCGAAAGACACCAACCUCAACCUGAUCCGCAUUGAGGCGCUCAAUCUUCAAACGAAGCGCCGCAUUCAUGAGGCUGCAGAGUAUGCGUGGUUGGACGUUCUCUGUUUGAGACAGGAGGGUGGACCAGGGGAGGAAGUGCGCGUGGAAGAGUGGAAGCUGGAUGAUGAUGAUGAAGAUGAAGGUCUGGAUUGGUGACCCGCAACACGCCUCGUAGUGGGCGAAGACGCGGGGGUACAGUACUCUACUGCUAUGUAUGACUGUACCGCUACUCGUAAUACUAAUCUACUUGUCAACUCUAUGGUGUCUAUU